AGCGGGGGAGGGAGGCUGAGAGGAGCAGGCGGUGUCUGCCCUCGCCCCGCGGGCGGCUGAUGGAGGCGCGGGGUGGGCGCCCGGAGCGGGCACCGAGGCGGAGCAGCGGGGCGGCUCCCCGGCGGGGCGGCUGCUGAUUGCCCGGCCCAGCGCACGAUCUCCGCUCCUAAUGAAAGAAGAUUGUGAGGAUGGAUUACUGCAGCCAGUCAUCCCUAGUCCCCUGUGGAAAAGACAAAUACAUUUCAAAAAAUGAACUGCUGUUGCACUUGAAGACCUACAACUUGUAUUAUGAAGGUCAGAAUUUGCAGCUCCGGUACAGAGAGGAGGAAGGCGAGUUCAUCGUCGAGGGUUUGCUGAACAUCUCCUGGGGCUUGUGCAGGCCCAUCCGGCUGCAGAUGCAGGAUGACAACCAGCGGAUCCGGCCUCCUCCUUCCUCCUCCUCUUGGCACUCUGGCUGCAACCUGGGCGCACAGGGGUCUGCAGUGAAGCCAAGUAUCAUACCCGAUAUUCAGAUUACAGAUGUUGACACCCCCACGGAUGCUGAUGACUCAGAGAGUGGAACAGAUGUCGGAGACUUAAAACCCCAGCAAGAGGAAACUCCACAGCUGAUGAGGACUCGGAGUGACGUGGGAGUCCGUCGCAGGGGGAAUUUCCGUACUCCAAGUGAACAGCGGCGGAUCAAACGCCAUCGGUUUUCCAUCAACGGGCAUUUCUACAAUCACAAAACAUCUGUGUUCACACCAGCCUAUGGCUCAGUCACUAAUGUCAGGAUAAACAGCACAAUGACCACUUCUCAAGCUCUCAAACUGCUGCUCAAUAAAUUUAAGAUUGAAAACUCGGCUGACGAAUUUGCAUUGUAUAUUGUCCACACCAGCGGAGAAAAACAGAAAUUGAAGGCUACAGAUUAUCCACUGAUUGCCCGCAUUCUGCAAGGGCCGUGUGAACAGGUCUCCAAGGUCUUCCUGAUGGAGAAGGACCAAGUUGAAGAAGUCACCUAUGAUAUACACAGUCCUCCGGCUAAUGAUAGAACGAAGACUAGAAGAGAUUUCCGAGAGCCCGGCAAUGAUCUAAAGUUCUCCUCAGCACUAUGCUGCAGCCUUGUAUCGGCGAUCGGUCUCUCUAAGAAUCCCUGUUUACAUGAAGAACAGAUUGAAAAGAAGAUGCACUCCAUCCUGGGAACCAAACCUGAAUGCAAAACCCUGUGGAGAUUGAAUGUGUGUCCUGUACCUGCUCAGCAGACAUGGAUGUGUGAGAGUCAAUGGACUCCUUCUGCAGAAGGAAAAUCUUCCAGUAAUUUUCUUUUUCCCCCUCUCAAAGGAAAUGAUUUACAGAAUGCAAGCCCAGCACUCACAAAGAGGAGAGUUAACCUUGCUGGCCUGGGAUAUGCCCACCAAGGCUGGUGUGGCAUGCCUGUGCGCCUUGACCUGCAGUGUCUGUACUGAAGAAGCAGUUGCAUUGAGAGGAGUGGAUCAUGCUCCUUUGCUUCUCGCCUACUGCCUUUCUGAGCUGCUUAUCCAUGCUUGAGUGCUGAUGUUACUGUGCAUAUGUUCUCAUGUCUGUACACAAAGGAGAGAACAAAACUCAUGCUCACUAAAGCUAGUCAAUCAGCUUCUGCCGUGCCCACACACUUAGAAAAUACUAGUCCGUGUAAAUGCUCCAGACCAAUCCCAGUACUGGUAGCCACUUUGCUGCAAUAACUCCUGCCAACCUCCGCUCGUGCCAGAAUGUCGUGCGUUAUGAAGUGUGUUUUGAUGGCAAGAUAUAUGUUAUGUGUAGCUUUUUUCCCAUACAGGACAGUCCUUUGUUCUUUGUUUUUCCUGUUCAGAGGGUUCUCAGAGUGCAGCCACAAAAGAUAUACUUUUCCCCCCCCCCCCUGCAUGGUACGGGUGGGAGAUCCAUCUUGUUGUCGCCUGGUGCUCGACCCUUCCUGCCUCGUUCUGCCCCUAUUGCUUCCCUGACUGAUGCUUGGCGCCUCGCUUUCAUGUGUGGGGUCACCAAACGUAUGCCUGCACUGCAGCUAGAGGUGUCAUUCCCAGCUCGGGGAGAUGUACAUGUGCUAGAUUUGAUUGAGCUAGCAUGCCAAAAGUAGCAGCAGAGGUAGCAGGCCAUGCUAGCCACCUGAGUACAAUCCCAUCCAAGACCCUAGGUAAGGACUCGGUUCUGCUAGCUCGUGCCACCGCUUGUACCACUGUAGCUGCAUCAUUCUAUUUCAAGCACUAGCUUGAUCAGAGCUAGCGUGUGUACAUCUGCCUGAGCUAGAAAUCAGUGUAUAUCUUCCCAAAGUGAGGAGGAGACGGAAGAAUAGCAUGAGCAGGAAGUGGAGCCCCCAGAGGGCUUGUGGGAGACAGACAGCAGCUGGAAAGGAAGAGAUGCACCUGCCUAGGUUGGGAGCCUUGACAAUCCUCCAACAUAAAUGCUGGCACGAGAUCUCUUGGGAGGACUGACGAGGUGGGGGCAGAUGUUCCGGAAGUUGUUACAAUUAUAACCAUCACCUGUUGGUGGUUUGGGCAGCUCUGUCCUUGAGAGCUUGGAGUCUGUGGGUCGUGGUGUGGAGUUAGACCAGGGCAGCUUCUGGGGGUGUGGGCAGAGGAGCGUUAAGUGACUGGUUUCUAGAAUGAGGCUUGUGGGCCUGAUCCUGCAAGGUGCAAAGUUCUCUCAACAUGUGAUAGGCCUGAUUCUCCCCUCUCUGGUGUAAAUCAGGAGUAACUCUGAAGUCAGUGGAGCCCUGCUUCAGUAGCCGUUGGUUGGUAGGUUUGGUGUAUGGGUGGUGUUUGUGGCCUGUGAUAUACAGAAUAUAGAGGAUUUGGUGGUCCCAUCUGCCCUUAAACUCGAUGACUCUGUGACCAGCCUAAAAAAUGGUAUCAAGAGGCGAAUGGAAUCAAGACAGGUGCGUUGCUGAGCUAAGCACCUUGCAAGGACAGGCUGUCAAAGUCAACAGGGACUGGGAGUGUCCAUGAGAUACUCCAGUUGUGUGAUACUCACGUGGUUGUCACAAGGAAUAAAGGGAGCCAAGAUGUGGCAGUUCCAUGUAGCUUGACAUCAAAUAUUAUCUAGAUUCUGAUGCAUCUGCCAGAGGAAAGUUUUGAGAUUGGGUGGGGGGAGGGGGGG